AGCAUUCGAGGCGGAAUCAACGUAUGUGUGUUAAUAUACACGGCAGGGUUAAGUCUGACGACCAUUAGUCGACGUUCACGCUUUGUACUGUAUGUGUCAGUUUGUCUAAAUCCUAUCAAAGUGAACUGGGGUCAUGUUUCAAAUUUCAGGAUUCGUACAUCGAUAGCGUUGGCUAUAGCAUGGGUGCCAUCUAUAGUCAUGGUCUUGACCAUACUUUCAGUUGAUGACUUGUCGAAAGUAUUCGGGGUAAAUCUCCAGGGUCCAGCACAAACCAAAGACCACAUGUUGGACUGUGACACUUUAAAACAGCAGUGACAAUGAUGGAGCUCCCCAACUACAGCGCCAAACUAAUGCAGCAGCUGUGGGCCAUGAAGAAUGAGGGUCACUACUGUGACUGCACCAUCCUGGUAGGAAAUACUCCUCACCAAGCACAUAAGCUGGUGCUGGCUGCCUCAAGCACACUGUUCAGAUCUCUGCUUGACGACACUGACACCAUCUCUAUUGACACAGCAGUGGCCUCCUCGCAGGAGUUUGGCUGUCUGCUGGAGAUGGUGUACACCGGGAAGCUGCCUGUGGGCAAACAUAAUGUCACCCGCAUAGUUACUGCGGCAGACAGUCUUCAGAUGGUUGAUAUAGCCGUUGGUUUUAAAGAUGCCCUCAACCGCCUUGUCAGUCAGCAGCAGCCUGCAGUCUUUUUGGCAAAGACGACAAAUGUUAGCGUAACGCAAAAAUGCCACAGCGUGACAGUCAAUAGACCGUCCUCCUUCAACAUGGACCGCUCCACUUCGGACAAAACAGAGCACGAAGACGAACGAGCAGAGGAGCAACAAGGUCAAGAAGCUUGUGCGGAGGACUUUGCUCACUCUGAGCCUAAAGAAUGCAGAGACUCAGAAACUUCAGCUGAAGAAGUCAACAGACCAGCAAGUGAGGAACAAAGUGCUACAUCUGUUCUGGAACAUUCCUCUCAGCUCGUAGAACUCCUUGCCAAUGUGUCCUCAGCCCUGGAGCUGCUGAGACAGGAAGCACAAAGACACCUGGGUGAGCAGGAGAGACAGAUUGUGUGUCAGUGCUGUGAGGAGGCAGAUCCCAGCGCAGCGUUGGAGAAGCUGAAAAGCAGAGUGAAUGAACUGCAGCUCAGUAUGGAUGGGCUCCUGGAACGGCUGCGGACAGUCCAGGAGAAAGCCUUAGCCUCCUACAAACUGUCACUGGUCCCCCUGCUGGAGGACAAGGGAAGAGAGAGGAGCGACGAGGAGUCGACCAGCAGUCAAAAUACAGUGGAGUCUGUGAAGCUGAAUGCCGUCAGGAUAGAAGAGGAAGAGAAAGUGGACAUUCAGGAAAAGGAGGAAACUAAAAAUGAUGAAAAGGACAUCGACAGAGUGGGAACGUCCUCAGCCCUGUCUUCUACCUCUUCUAAACCCUACCCUUGUCGUUGGUGCAUGAAGGGUUUCACCUACAAAUGUCGAAUGAUGGCCCACAUGAGACGUUGCUCCUUGUCCCAGGAAUGUGACAAACAGUGCUCACAGUGCCCCAAGAAGCUGCCCAACCUGCAGGCGCUGCGGCGCCAUCAGGCUGAAGUUCACCACAUUGUCACCUGUAAGAAGAAAGUGGCCUGUGAUGUUUGUCAUCGAGUCUUUGCCCAUCCAUCAGGAUUGAUUUACCACAAACGAACAGAACACUUUGAGGAGAAGCGGUUCACCUGUCAAGUAUGUGACCUGAAGUUCGGAGCAAACUCUUCACUGAAAAAUCACAUGAGACUGCACACAGGAGAGAAACCAUACCACUGCAAGCACUGCACCAUGAGCUUCAGUGUGGCUGCUGCUCUCGCGUACCACACCAAAAAGAAGCAUUCUGAGGGAAAGAUGUACGAGUGUCAGUACUGCAAGGCUUCCUUCGCUCAGUCGAUUGAAUUGACACGCCAUGUGCGCACACACACUGGUGAUCGUCCGUAUGUGUGUCGGGAAUGUGGCAAAGGCUACAGUCAGGCCAGUGGACUGACUGUCCAUCUGAACAACUUCCAUAACAUAUCCCAGAACCAUGACUGUCAGAAGUGCUGCCUGAGCUUCUCCUCGCCCGAGGAGCAGCGACAGCAUAUCGAGAGGCUCCACUUGAACGACUUUCACAAAUGCCCCACAUGCAACAAAUUGUUCACCAGCAACAGUCUCUUACAAAAACACAUGGAAACACACACUGUAGCCAAACCGUAUCGCUGUGACCUCUGCAACAAGACAUAUCAGCAACUGUCAGGACUGUGGUAUCAUAACAGGACUAAUCACCCUGAUGUAUUUGCCAGCCACACUCGGCAGCUCAAGAUAUUGGUCCAAUGCAAUGUUUGUUUUAAGUUCUUCCCCAACACUGCCUGUUUGGCUGAACAUCAGGCUUCUGAGCACCAAGCAUCAAUCAUACAGUUUUCCCUGAGUCCAACUGUGGUGGGAGAAGAGAAGUUACAGGAACACAUCAGCAGUCAACAGGUCACCCACAGCACUGAGGUGGUUCCAGCAGACAGUGCAGAUGUGGAGUCGGAGCCGCUCCAGUUAGCAGCUGCCCAGCAGGUUUUUGUGGCUCUGACAGGUGGAGAAGAUGGAUCAUCCACAGGUGUGGUGGAAGUAAAUGUGCACAGUUAGAUAAACAGUGCAUUUACUAUAAUCUGAGGACAAAGAAUCUGAAACUCCUCCUUAGCUCCUCCACCGUAUGGUUUAACUUAUUCAUUUACUGUACUUUAAAUAACAGAAGUAUAGAAACUCACGUUUGCUGCACUAUGUUUCCAAGGUUAAGAACAUUUCUGAAGCCAUAAACUUAAUCAUGUUGACCUUGGUCAUAUUUGUUUGGUUUAAUAUUUUUUUGAAUACAUUUUUUUUACACAGUGAUGCCUUUUUAUUUGAAUGAGAUGUUUUUCAAUCUCCUCUGUGUUCCUCUCUUCUCUGCCCUCUACAGUAAUGGCAUAUGAAGCUGGUAGCCUUGUAAAAAAUUGUAUAAAUCUGUAAACCAAGGAAUCAACAGGUGCACACUGGUUUGAUCUUUCUUUGAGACUUGUUUAAUAAAUGGGAUAAAUAAUGGAUCUCUAUUUUUAAGUAUUUAGUUUGUAAAUAAUCCGUUUGUGGUUCUGUAUUCAGAUUCUGUUCUGUUAACCACAUCUUCAUAUUGUUUCUUUGGGUGAAACAUCUAUUUUAUUUACUAAGAAAUUAACAUUAAAUUAUGAAAGCAAUCAAAAAUGAGAAGUCCCCAUUGUAAACUGAAACCUGAAGCAAAAUGAUACUGGUGUAAUUGUGUUCUUUAAAUAAGAAAUAUAGUUCUGACCAAGCUAAAAACACUCUAACAGUGUUUCUUUUUUUGUUGCAUGACAUAAAGAUCCUAUAUAUUAAUAAUAUAUAUGCUGAAAUCCUUGAGAAAUCCUGUGUUGUGGAUAAAUCUCUAAGUUAAGAUAAGUCUUUGGGAAAAUUUAUUUCAGGAACAUAACAUGUAUAAAUGUAGAAAUUGUACAGACUAUGUAAAUAAUACUCAGAUUUUUAUACCCCAACAUCUGCUGAUCUUUUGUUGUUGUCAUUUAAAUGUUUUUAUUAAAUAGGAAGGCUUGGCUAUUAAAAGCCAAAGGUUAACAAACAACAAUAAUAAAGCCCAUUAUCAGUCAAAUGUCCUUUGCUUUAUUUGUUUAGCAUGUGUAACUAUGAUGUCUUGUAAUACCAGGAAUCUAACCUAAGCCUGCCCCCCAAAACUAAAGCCUCUAUAUAUAUUUUUUUAGUUUGAAAAAUUUGGAUUUCACAUUUGACACCAAUUAAGCGCUACAGUAAUCAAUUUAAUUUUUAACGCAAUGAAAAACAGUCACUCUUACGCACAAGCGCAGAACAAAUCUUGUCCGUUUGUUGUUGAGUAGCUCUUACUUCCGUUCAGCCU